AUGGCAGUACCCGUCGAAGAAGCCAUUGCAGCUCUCUCCACAUUCUCGCUUGAGGAUGAACAACCAGAGGUGCAAGGACCUGGAGUAUGGGUGUCAACUGAGAGAGGUGCAACAGAGAGUCCAAUUGAAUAUUGUGAUGUUGCUGCAUACAGACUAUCUCUGUCAGAGGAUACGAAGGCUCUCAAUCAGCUGAAUUCUCUUACCCAAGAGGGAAAGGAGAUGGCAUCAGUGCUUUACACAUAUCGUAGUUGUGUCAAAGCACUUCCUCAGCUUCCUGAUUCUAUGAAGCAAAGUCAAGCUGACUUAUAUUUGGAAACAUAUCAAGUUCUGGAUUUGGAAAUGAGUCGUUUGCGUGAAAUUCAGCGAUGGCAAGCAUCAGCUUCCUCAAAAUUAGCUGCCGACAUGCAACGUUUUUCUAGGCCUGAGCGGCGCAUUAAUGGCCCUACAAUAUCUCAUCUGUGGUCUAUGUUGAAGUUGUUUGAUGUUCUGGUGCAACUUGACCAUCUUAAAAAUGCCAAGGCAAGCAUACCUAAUGACUUUUCAUGGUACAAAAGGACUUUCACACAAGUUAGUGGUCAGUGGCAGGACACUGAUUCAAUGAGGGAGGAGUUAGAUGAUUUACAGAUUUUCUUGAGCACAAGAUGGGCUAUUUUGUUGAAUUUGCAUGUUGAGAUGUUCCGUGUAAAUAAUGUCGAAGACAUUCUUCAAGUUCUUAUAGUAUUUGUUGUAGAGUCCUUGGAAUUGGACUUUGCACUUCUCUUUCCAGAGCGCCACAUUCUUUUGCGUGUUUUGCCUGUUCUUGUUGUCCUAGUGACAUCUUCAGAGAAAGAUAGCGAGUCUCUGUACAAAAGGGUAAAAAUCAACAGACUGAUCAAUAUAUUUAAGAACGAAGCAGUCAUUCCUGCUUUUCCAGAUCUGCAUCUCUCUCCAGCUGCGAUAUUGAAGGAAUUAUCAACAUACUUCCCAAAAUUUUCUUCCCAAGCCCGCCUUCUCGCCCUUCCAGCACCGCAUGAGCUUCCACCCCGUGAAUCACAAGAAUAUCCUCUAAAUUGUUUUUUGUUUUAA